GCGCUCAAGAGGGGCCUACCGCCGCCCGCACAACAAGAAAUCGGUUCAGAAUACCCACUUACUAUCACCAUGGAGUUAGCUUUCGGGAUUGUUGGGGUCUUGAGCGUUGCGGAUGUUUGCCUUCGGUAAGUGCUGGUACCGUGGUCGGCGUCCGAGAUUGCUAAUGUAUCCAGAGCCGGCCAGAAUCUUGUUGAACGAUACAAGGACAUCCGGGGCGCGCACAGAGAUAUAGACGACCUAAACCUUCGGGUGGAGAAUGUCUGGAUACAUAUCACAUACCAAUUAACGACGGUCCAGAGUUCCCAGGAGGGGGUUCAUGAAGUUCUCCGGGAGCACAUCACCGAUCUUCUCACCAAGCUGCAGUUCCACCUGCACACCGCCUGCAAAAACCUCGAAAAGCUGUCGGGCACGAAAGGGAGGGCGAAAGCAAUAAAGUUUGCUUUUUUCCUGAAGGGCACGCUGGAGAAAGAUGUCUCGGUAUUGGAGAAGUGGAGGGAUAUGUUUGCCGCAACCUUUUUCAUGCUAUCGUUACCGAAAAAUGCUGCUCUCGAUAGAGCUCUGUCGAUGGAAGUCAAAAAGGACCAGCCCAAUGGUAGUGCCGUAACCACCGUCAAAGCGAUCCGUGACGCCCUAGCCGACCAGCCCACGAAACAGCUCCCGCCUGUAUGGCUGGACCCCGUUAACAUGUACUGGCCAAUGCCCAUCGGCUACUCUGGGGCUCAGGUUGUUACCGAUAGUACUAGGACGAGAUACGUUAGGGAAACCAUUGAUGUCGAUCCGAGUCUGAGGAACUACAACCAACUGGACAGGGACGUGGAAAAGUUGGCAAAAGUGCUUAGGGAAUCCAAGGGUGUCCCGGGAGUCCUCACCUGCAAGGGAGUCGUCAGGAGGCAGGGGAUGAACGGGGCCCCCGAAAAAUUCGAGUUCAUAUUGGAGAUGCCCCCCACGCUCGACGAUACCCCCGAUUGCCUCAGAACCGUUCUCCUUAAAUCGCCGCAAGAGCCGCACCCCCUCGAGGAGCGCGUCCUUCUCGCCAAACAGGUUGCGAAGGCGGUCAUGUUCGUGCACAACCUCAACUUUGUCCACAAGAACAUGCGGCCCGAGACCAUCCUGGUCUUCCCCAAUCCGGGGAAGACGCUUGGCAUUCCAUUCCUCGUCGGUUUCCAGAUGUUCCGAGCCGCAGAUGGAUAUACUUACAGGGCCGGCGACGAGCUCUGGUCGAAGAACCUGUACCGCCACCCCAGCCGCCAGGGAAACCACCCGGAUAAUGUGUACAGGAUGCAGCACGACAUCUACAGCUUGGGCGUCAUUCUGUUGGAAAUCGGCUUGUGGUCCCCGUUUGUGGACGAGGUGGGAGGGCCUACCAACGCAUUGCCACAAAUCUUGACCAUACUACAGGACAGGGAUCAAAAGAGGAGGGCCACCCGGAUCAAGAGGGCGUUGACCAAUCUGGCGCACAAACACCUGCCGCCGAUUAUGGGAACCAAGUAUACGGAAAUUGUGGUCUCGUGUCUGGCAUGUUUGGAUCAGGAGUCGCAUUUGGGUCCCGAAAGCGAUUUCCUCGAUGACGAUGGUACCCUGGUCGGUGUGAGAUACAUACAAGAGGUGAGCCUAGUCCCAUUACCGAUUUCAGCACCUCUCCCAAAGGCUAAUCUUGUUUGUAGAUUUUGAACGUGCUGGAAGAAAUUGAGGUGUAGGAUGCGGAUCAGAUCUGCCUAUACAUCGCACGCUACCUCGCUGAUGGAUGGCUGCUAUAUAUCGGUAGGAAGGCGGAUGUUGCGUUAUGAUUCGUCUUGUCAUGGCUCCCCCCGCUUGUUCUCUCUUCUCUUUCUGGAAUGUUUGCCUGAUAUUCCGUGGAUUUCUAAAUUCCCCAUUCGUUUCCGCAUGUUUUGCGCUUAAAAUUGACCCGCCGUUUUUAUUU